AUGGAGCGCAACGAGCAACAAUGGGAAGACCUUUGCCGACAGGUGAAGGAUCUAGUCCCACGGGAAUUGGGGGAGGAGGCCUGGUACCUCGUGAUUGCUGCAGCUCUGGGUGUAUCCCCAGUGCCAAGCGCACCCGCGGAGUUUUAUACCUACCUCACCAAGCACGACCCGGCCUUCAGCUCAGUAAAAUCUAGGGAAUAUCUCAGUCAAAGACUACGAGAUGUAAUUCUGAAGCUCCUCACUAUCGUGGGAGGUCCGCAGGUCCUUUCUGUGCUCAUCCCACUUGCGGCUGCGGAAGGCGAUAUCAAGUCAAGAGCCGCAUCAAGCAAGCUGAGCGAGAAAUGGUUUGACACCUUUAUUCCCCCUCUGUUCGUCAGGUCUGCUAACAAAGUUCUUCUUUUAAUUAGGAUCGCUGACAAAAUGAGCGUCCCUGCUCUUUACGAGCGAGGUCAAGCGACGAUCAACACGAUCUACGGCGCCCCGCUGUUGGAAAAGGUCUUCGACUCCCUCGGAAGCCACAGAGAAGAUGUCAAAUUCAAUGAGAUCUACACGCUGUAUGGCCUUUUCCUCUCGGAUUUCGAGGUAUUGACACCCCUUGAAACUGAGGCGGUGGUGUACUCUUCGAUCUCCUGCCUGGGAUUGGGAGGUCCGGGAAACUGGCAUUUGAGAGGAAUGGGACGGUUGUUAGGUGCAAGAGGAACAGAUGAUCAGAGCGAGAAGAUGAAGAAAAUCAUGGCCCUGUUGAUGAAUCUGAAGCAGGCGGUGGUCACCGUUGUGGAAUUCGUGGGAGAUGAAUUCAAAGCCAGAGCGCACCUGCACAAGUGGGCCGAUCCCGCAACCGUGGCGAAGAACUUGGGCGGUUGGGGGAACGAUGAUUAG